UGCAACGAACAAGUACUCUCUGCUUUAUAACAAAGAAUCAAAGAACAGAGAACCGAUGGCUACGUUCGCCGCCGCAACUGUGGCUCUUCCAGGGCGCGUCGCCGGAACCCGGCGGUGCGUGAUGGCGCGGGCGUCUGCGGCUCCGGCGGCGCCGGGGAGGACGCACUACGAAAUGCUCGGGGUGGGCGCGGCUGCCAGCAGGGGAGAGAUCAAGGCGGCGUACCGGCGUCUGGCAAGGGAGGUGCACCCGGAUGCUGCUGGUGACGGCGGCGACGAGGGCUUCAUCCGGCUGCACGCGGCCUACGCCACGCUGGCCGACCCCGACAAGCGCGCGCGCUAUGACCGGGACGUGGCCGGCCGCGCCGCGGCCAUGAUGAUGCGGCGGGCUGCGGCAAGCGGGCCAGCGUUCCGGCGAAGGACGUGGGAGACGGACCAGUGCAGGUAGGACGGCCGAGCACACACGGCAGCUCUGCCCUUUCGGCCUCGUCGGCUGGCGGCCGUUUGGUCCACGCACGGAGCGGCGUCGCGGUCGUGGUCGCCGGAGGAGGAACCGUGUAAGCUACCGCGCGCCGUUCGUUCCGUCUUGGACGGCCCGGAUUGGGUGAAUGGGUGUAGGCGGAGACGUUUUUAGAAGUUCCUCCUCUGCAUUUGAUCAUUAGCAAACAUGUAAAUCAAUUCAAUAGCAAUAUCUAAAUGUAGUUUAACGGCGUGAACCAAUCUAUGAAUGGAUGAGUAGGAGGACGGUGAUAUUCCCAUCUCA